AUGAAAAAUGAUAAAACUGCAAACUUUGCCAACGAUCCAAAAAUGAGGCUAAAUGAACAAACUGGCAAAUGGUCAUAUGUGGGUGAUGAUGGGGUCUCUUAUGAAUACGAUGAAAAUGUUGGCGCUUGGUUUCCUAUGUAUGAUGAAAAGCUUAUUCAACAACAGUCGUCAGUUUAUGCUGUUGAAGGUGUCGAAGAAGUAGUUAUACCUAAACCAAAAGAAAAGAAAAAGAGAGCGGCUACUUAUGACGUGGAUCCUAAUGCUCCAGAGCAACAGCAACAACAAAAGAAACCAAAACGAGAACUGCCCAACACCUCCGUCUAUGUCACAGGCAUUCCACCUGACGUAACAAUGGAAGAGUUAAAAACAACCUUCACUAAAUGUGGUGUUAUCAUGGAAGAUUUAGAGACAGGAGAACCCAAAAUUAAAAUAUACCGUGAUGAUCAAGGUGUUCCCAAAGGCGAUGCUUUGAUUACCUACUUCAAAGAAGAGUCCGUUCCAUUAGCCAUUGACUUACUUGAUGAAGCAGAGCUAAGACCCGGUGAAAAAACGAGUAAAUUAAACGUUCAGAAAGCAGUGUUCAAACAGAAAGAUAACACAACAACUGAACAAAAAAAGAAAUCGAUGAGCAGUAAAAUGAAGGCCAAGAAAAAACUCCAACAGAUGCAAAGAAAAUUAGAUUGGGUUGAAAGCGAUGUAGGAAAGAAGCAAGAGAAAUUUGCCAAAAUUGUUAUUUUGAAGAAUAUGUAUACACAAGAGGAAUUGGAUGCCGAACCAACACUGUAUUUGGAAUUGAAGCAAGACGUUCGCGAAGAAUGUGAAAAACUAGGUGAAAUAACCAAUGUAAUAUUAUAUGACAAGUCACCUGGUGGUAUUAUCUCUGUGAGAUACAAAGAAAAAGAAAGUGCAGAUGCCUGUAUAGCAGUAAGUAUUUGGAACUUUUUAGUAAAAAAACGUACAUAUACAUUUGGAUUUAACUCCCUAGGAUUGCAUGCCAUAGUUGAUGAACGGAAGAUAUUUUGGCGGCAGACAAAUCGUAGCCGAAGUAUAUGA